AUGGAAAAUAUUAACACAAUUCAAAUCAACGCUAAAUCAGCGAUGUCUGAGACAAUUGUGAUCCACGACCUGUUGGAUGAACACAAAUUACCGCAUCUGAUCUCCGGCGUCGACACGAAGACACACCGGAGACCACUGCUGGCCCGCAAUAUGAAUGACAUCACAACUGGUCAUACCUUUACCGCCGGUAAUCAUAUGAUGGCCACCGAUGCUAUCAAAACCACUAGCGAUAUCAUUGAACCCAAUGUCGUGUCCAUUGACUUAAAUCCCACCGAAAGUGUUAAACAAAACUCAUAUCCAAUUAUUAUCGCAGACAAUGGCCCCGAAGUCCUGCCAUUGAUCGGUGACGACUGGACACAAGCGGCGGAUAAGCAGUUAAAAGCCAAACAAGAAAUCAUUGAUAUACUGGACGACAGCGACAGCGAAGAUACGGCCGCAACACCAGUCACUCCAACGGUUCCAACGGCUACUGUCCACCACUACGCGAGUGUUAAUCAAACGGCAAAUAUCUGGUUACAGACACACAACGGUAUGUUUUACCGGAAAACUGUGGAUCAGUUGCACGCGUCCGGUGACCAACAGCAACACAUCCAGACUUACCACCGAUUGUCUACAGCGCUGGCGACGACGACAACAACAUCGAAAUUAGCCACUAAUCCACGGAAUCCGCCGCUGACGAUCACAGGUGAAAACACUGUACCGGCAACUAAUCCCAAAGUCUAUCAAUGCCUGGAGUGUCACAAAUCAUUCCUCACCAGAAAAGGCUUACAAACGCACAACGGUUUGCGUCACACGAAGUCACGGAAUGAUCGGUUCAAUAGGUAUCGGUGUAGUCGCUGUAGGCGUCGGUUCGUAUCGCUGGACAAACUACACGACCACACCAUCAAUGGUCACAAGCAGUGGCCGUAUCGGUGCCCUCACGACAGGUGCGGCCGAUCGUACGUAACCACAUCUCGCCUUCGGCAUCACACAGAUGUCUGUCACCGAAAGCCCAGCGCCAGUACUAUUGAUAGCAAUUUGUUAGACACAGACUUCGGCCCCAACAACACCGCCAACAGUGGCCGCCAUAUAUCACACGAUGAGAUGAUCGACGCGAAGACGCGGUCACCCGAGGAGUGUUUGUCGCCCAGCGAUAUGUGUGGCCAACAGUUGGCCACCGAUCACGACGAGGACAGCGACAAUUCCAUUGAACCCAAUCUCGUCAUUGACUUGAAUCCCACCGAAAGUGUUAACCAAAACACUUAUCCAAUAGUUUCCGCAAAUAAGACACAACCAAUGGCCGAACCGCGCGGUGUCAGCGGUGAAGAACUCGAAACGGUAUCUCAAGACCAGCCAAUACGGCCGAAGACACCACCGAUGCUCAGUCUGUUUCGCCGCGUUUUGAACAACCAAACGGGUGAACUCGAGUCGGUCACCACCGCUGACGCCGAGAUCAUUGUCGCCGAACCCGAUAUCGCAUUCAUUCUCAUGAAUAGCGCCCAAAGUGUGGAUCCAAUAAUUUCCGCUAUACGGCGUCAGACGGCUACGGGUGUUGUCCAAGUAAUUGACAUUAAGAAGUCGGCGACGGACACCGCAACUCUGGACGGGAUCCAGUGUCCCGACUGUGGCAAACACUUUACUAACAAACAUGUGAUGCGCUCACACUAUAAAUAUGAACACUCGCCGGUUGACCGCCAGCGAGUGUAUGCCUGCCAUUGGCCCGGAUGUGACCAUAAGACCAAACAUAAGGGCCAUUUAAAAAAGCACCAAUCGGUCCACAGCUCGGACAGGCCCUACCCGUGCGAUUGGCCCGGUUGUGACUAUAGGGGCAAACUUAAGAUCAAUUUAAAACAGCACCAAUUGGGCCACAGCUCGGACAGGCCCUAUUCGUGCGAAUGGCCCGGUUGUGAUUAUAGGGCCAAACGUAAUACCUUGCUUCAAAAACAUAAGCACAAACACAGCAUCGAUAAAGCUUAUGCCUGCGAUUGGCCCGAAUGUGGCAAAACUUUCAAAUACCCGGAAGGGCUUCGCUUACACCAAGUGAUCCACACAGGAGUGGAGAUACCGUGCGAUCGGAAGGGCUGUGCCUUUAAGACCAAACAUAUAUCGGCGCUUAAGUCACACAAACGACUCACACAUGUAUGA